ACCCUGCCGACUGGUUCCAGUUCACACGGCGGUUGAUCAGAGAGAGAGGGAGAGUGAGGGGAGAGAGCGAGCGAGCGCGCGCGAGCGAGAGGGAGGGGGGGGGGAGAGACCGGACGAGCGAGCGCGGAGAGAAAGAGCGAGAGCGGCCGAGGCAGGAGACAUAUUGCUGCUGCUCCUGCUGCCUGGGAGCCGCUCCUGAGAUAGUCAAAUACUUCCACAAUCUCCAAAAAUCUAGUGUGCUGUUUCACAUCCAGGAAAAAACAAGAUGUCAAGCCGGGGUGGGAAGAAGAAGUCCACCAAAACCUCCCGGUCAGCAAAGGCUGGAGUUAUCUUCCCUGUGGGGCGGAUGUUGCGGUACAUUAAGAAAGGACACCCCAAGUACAGGAUUGGGGUGGGUGCUCCAGUGUACAUGGCUGCUGUGCUGGAAUAUCUGACUGCAGAAAUUCUGGAAUUGGCUGGGAAUGCAGCAAGAGACAACAAGAAGGGAAGAGUCACUCCUCGACACAUCCUUCUGGCUGUAGCCAAUGAUGAGGAAUUAAACCAGCUAUUAAAGGGAGUCACCAUCGCCAGUGGGGGUGUUUUACCAAAUAUCCACCCAGAAUUGCUAGCAAAGAAGAGAGGAUCCAAAGGCAAACUGGAAGCCAUCAUUACUCCUCCUCCAGCCAAAAAGGCCAAAUCUCCAUCGCAGAAGAAACCUGUGUCAAAGAAAGCAGGGGGCAAGAAAGGACCCAGGAAAUCUAAGAAGAAGCAGGGAGAAGUCAGCAAAGCAGCCAGUGCAGAUAGCACGACAGAGGGCACCCCUGCUGAUGGAUUCACCGUCCUCUCCACCAAAAGCCUCUUCCUCGGCCAGAAGCUGAACCUUAUUCACAGUGAAAUCAGUAAUUUAGCCGGCUUUGAGGUGGAGGCCAUUAUCAAUCCUACCAAUGCUGACAUUGACCUUAAAGAUGACCUAGGGAAUACCCUGGAGAAGAAAGGUGGCAAGGAAUUUGUGGAAGCAGUGUUAGAGCUUCGGAAAAAAAAUGGUCCAUUGGACAUCGCUGGAGCGGCUGUCAGUGCAGGCCAUGGCUUGCCCGCCAAGUUUGUGAUCCAUUGUAACAGUCCAAUAUGGGGCUCUGACAAGUGCGAAGAACUUCUGGAAAAGACAGUGAAGAACUGUUUGGCCUUGGCAGACGACAAGAAGCUGAAAUCAAUUGCAUUUCCAUCAAUUGGCAGUGGCCGAAAUGGUUUCCCCAAACAGACGGCAGCACAGCUGAUCCUGAGAGCCAUCUCCAGCUAUUUUGUGUCCACAAUGUCUUCGUCAAUCAAAACGGUUUAUUUCGUGCUCUUUGACAGUGAGAGUAUAGGGAUAUAUGUGCAGGAAAUGGCAAAACUAGAUGCUAACUGAGUUGAAAGAAUUACAGAAGCAGCCCAAACUCACUUGGUCCUUUUCUUCAAUUUAAAAUUAAAAAGAAAAAAGAAGUCCUUAACUCCUAAUUGUGAGGCAACACCCUUUAUUUUCAAUUUUGCUCAUCUAGGGAAAUGAGAUUUGUUUUUGUUUUUGUUUUUCGGGUUAAUUUUUUUUGACCUUCUAAAAUGUUUUUAUGUUAGCACUGAUAGUUGGCGUUACUGCUGUUAAUGCACUGUUUCAGCCCUUGUAUGAGUUUAGUGUAAUCUAGGAGAUUUUAUAGUUUUAUUUUAAUGAAAACCGGAUUGAUGCAGACAGUAGUGGGAAGUACAUUGUCUUUUACAUGUGGAAGAAACCAGGAAGCCCUAUUUUGUAACUGUGUUGUGGUACGUAAUCCUACAUUGUGUGAUGUUUCCCUCAUCACAUUGUUCUCAUUUUUUUUUCCUAAAACAACAACAAAAAAAAAAAAAAGAAAAGAAAAAAAAGACAUCACAUUUAAUUUCUGUUUACUUAUUGUCUUAAUGAUGGAUCUGGAAAUGGGGGGAAAAAGGAGAAGCCUGUUGUCCUUAAUUAUAUUUGCAAUUUGGAAUUUGUGUGAAUUGAUUUAGUAAAAUGUUAAACUGUU